GAUUAUGCAUGCUUUAUUCUUUAUUUAAUCAGCACUGUAUUCAUACAUAGUCGGUGUCACGUUUAUGGUUUUACUGUUUUAAUUAACUCAUUCUCAUUAUUUUUUCUUUUUCUUUUUUAAACCAAAACAAUCCAACUGUUGGAAUGGUCGUAAACAAACAGUUUCUUUGUCUGUAUAUUCGGGAGUGGUGUUUCUGCAUAGUUAAAUAAUUCAUGAUAUAAAAACCACACGCUGAAAAUACAGCUGAAUCGAUUUGACAUUAUCGGUAUGUUUUCUGAUUGUAUUGAGCAUGAAGCCACGCCUACACUUUACAGCGAACUCUUUAAAAAUAAUAAUGGCAAUUAAUUCCGGGGACCAGCCAUAAGAUCCGCUUCGGUUUUAAACUUUAAUUGCGUCUAAUUUUAUUUCCUAUGACGUAAUCGCAUACGUUCUCGUAGGCGCGGCGAACCCCGGUUGCUUACCGUUUCCCAAUGUUAAAUCGGUGUGCGUUCCUGCAAAACGGCUUGUUUCAGGAAACAGUACGAAUCUUUAAAUUAAUUAAUUAAAUUAAAAAUCAGUGUGUUUGUAUUAUCUUGUUGCCUGCAGCCCCUUCCCCUUCGUUCAGUGUGCGCAUGCGCCGGGUUCCCUUCUGUCUUAAUUUUUUAAUGGAAAUGGCUGCCUUUCUCAUCUAAACCUCUACCCAACAGGAAUAUAUACCUCGAAAAUAAUCAGCAUUUAGUAUUUCAUUUUUUCGGAGGAGACGUUCGGCGAACGUUCUGCAGUCGAUCGCCUGCGAUCUGCUGUAAAAAUGAAUCCGUUUUAGAAUUUAAAGGAUGGAAGAUCUCUCGUUUUCCUAUUUAACCCUUUGCAUUCCAUGAUCCGCAAACAAUCGAGAAGAUGAUGCGCCAGGUUUCCAGCAACGCCAACGACUAUUGCAUGAGUGGCAGACCGUCCUGCCUUGCUGAAGAUGGGCGCCACCCCACCAGUCAUUUUGACCUAUGCACCUCCCAGUCAAAGUUCUACCCCCCUCCUCCCCCGCCCCCUUUGCAAAUGCCCCUGCCCCCUCUGCCACCCCUGCCACAGAACACCCUGAAACCCAUGCCCUGCCAGCGGCAGGACGUCCGAAACGAACCCCUCCCGCUGCCCGGCGGGGUCAAAAACGGCGAGAAGCCCGAGGACUCCAAGAAAAAAAAGGGCGCCGGGAAAUCGGGGAGGCGGGGUCGGCCGUCGGGCACCACCAAGUCCGCGGGCUACAGAACCAGCACGGGCCGCCCGCUCGGCACCACCAAGGCGGCCGGCUUUAAAACUAGCCCGGGGAGGCCGCUGGGCACCACCAAGGCCGCCGGCUACAAGGUGAGCCCGGGACGCCCCCCCGGCAGCAUCAAGACCCUGUCCCGCCUGACGAAGCUGGGCUACGGCGCGUGCAGCGGCGCGGCCUUCCCCUACACCAUGAUGCACAAGAGAGGUUUGUGCGAGCCCAACGGCAAAGACAAGGAAGCUAACGAGACAUCUGCCGGAAAAAAAGAACCUGUUACUGGAGUACCCAACCCCGGUUUCCCACAGUUUAUGUCUUGUCUGAAUUAACUGUCCAGUGCAUGCUGACAUAAACAACACCAGAAAUAUGAACACCUUAUCAAAAAAAAAUUUUGUCUUUUGAAUCUGUAUUUUAAUAUUGUAAUAUAUUUGAUGCAAGAGUUCAAGGCAAAGAGUCAAAACUGUAAUUAGCUACAGGAAAAAAUAAAAAUAUGCUGCCUUUUGGAAAGUACACUAUAUGACCAAAAGUAUCUGGACACCCUUUGGUCUGGGGGCUGUCUUUUGUGGUUUGGGUUAGGCACCCUUCCAGUGAAGGCAAAUAUUAAUACUACAGCAUGCAAUCACAUUCUGGACAAUUCUGUGCUUCCCCAACAGUUUGGGGAAGGUCCUUUCCAAUUUCAGCAUAACAAUGCCCCCGGGCACACAAUGAGGUCCAUUUAGAAAUGUUUUUGUCAAGAACGGUGCUGAACAACUUGACUAGGCCUGCACAGAGCCCUGACCUCAACCCCAUCCAACACCUUUGGGAUCAAUUGGAAAAACAACUGCGAGCCAGGCCAAAUCGCCCAGUCAGUGCCCGACCUCACUAAUGUUCUUCUGGCUGAAUGGAAGCAAAUCCCUGCUGCAAUGCUCCAUAUUAAUGCCUGUAAUUUUGGAUGAGAUGUUGGGUGUCUGGUGUCUACGUACUUUUGGCCGUGUACUGUAGUUGAUUCAAAUGUUAUGCCACAACGAUAAAAAUAUAUAGUUAGGACAUGUAGACAGGAUAGCAGAUAAGAAUAAUUUUUGAAGUCCCUUUAGAGUGCAAUGCAUUAAAGCAUUUGAUGCACUUCUUAAACUUCAGGAGUCAAAUGUUUGCCAAAUUGUAAAGCUCUAAUGUUUCCGUGGGUCUAAAUAUGGAUAAAAGAUUGUGAUUUGUACCAUUCGAAUAUUUUGGGUGUAUGUCCAGUGAUGGUUAUUUACCUUUCUCAAGUAGUGGAGCACAGCAACUUGAAAUCAUGAUCUGAAACUGAAAUGACUUCAAAAUGUAUCGGUUUCAAAAUGGAAAGUUAUUUGUAACCCCCAUGGGCUAUAGCACCAAUUUAAGACAAACCUUUUAUUAAAUUAAAACAUUAUUUAUUAUUAUUAUUGUACCUAUGAAAUUAAGAUGUUCCUCUUGUCAUUGUAUUUGUGGGUGUGAAUCUGCAGUAAACGGGAGUUAAAGAAUGUUCCUAGGUUUCAACCGUUAAGGCCGUGCUAUUGGUUCCCAGAGAAAUGGUGCUACUUGUCUCAGAAUGUACUCACGCAGGUUUGUGGUCACGGUCGAAGUUUUAACUAUGAGUUAUUUCAAGAUUUACACAAAAGGAUUAUGAAAAAUAUCUUGGUUAUAUUUUUUAUUACAGAUGAAACCACUCUUCAGAAUAAAUCUGACGUAUGGCCUGUUUGAUUUGAGGAGUGCGUUAGAUAAUAGUUAAUGGUGUUUUAUGUGUGUUCUUGUUUAUUGCCUUGCGCACCAAAUGGCUCUCUGUCGUCUGUCGUAAUAAGGGAAGAUGGCAUUCCUCAAGUACAAUGCCACAAACAUGGCUGUCUGUGCUAUGAAUUGCAUCUGAGUGACAGACAAUCAGCCAGCUAUAUGCUUUUACAAAUGGUGUGUAGUUAUACAUAGAUUUACUCUCGGUCUGAUGGAUGUAUAUUACAGCUGAUGAAAGAAAAAAUUUAAUGUCAAUUCAAUAUAGCGUCCUUGUACAGCUUUCAGUAGGACUAAUAAUAGUCCAUUUACAAUAAUACUCAUGGAUUUUGCUACUACUAACAAGAAUAUGUCACCGGUAAAUAAGAGAACACGUUUUAAGUUGUCACAUAAAAGCAUAUAUAUAUCGUUUAAAAGAUUAUAUUUGUGUGCCUGCUGGUGUGAAUGGUAGGGUAGUCUUUGAUUUUACUCUAUUCUGUCAUUUUGUGAAACAAGAUAACUUUUUCUGUCCGUCUCACUGAGUCAUGAUAAAUUGGAAGUCCAAGGGCAAACAAACUAACAUUUGUGAAACAUCAAAAGUUCAUACUUGGCUGUUUUUAUUAUUAAUAAUAAUAUGAACCCACUGGUGUGUUACAGCCCUGUGGCAUACCAUUUGAGUGCAAUAUUCUUGCUGGUGUUCUAUGUGUGUUUUAUGAUCUGACCAUAUUAUAAUUAUUGAUACAAUUAGUUUUAUGCUUUGAAAGCUUUGUGCAGAAAUUGGUCCUCCAAAACUCCAAUCAGGUUCUCUCUGGUUCCAUCCAUGUAAAAGGGGUAUUUGUAUUGUAAAAAUUUAAAAAAGAGAGAGAAAAACAAACAUUCAAGUUCCAGAUUAAACCGUGUUAAUUAGGUCUUGGUGAGUUUUGAUUUCCUGCAAUUGUUUCUUAUCUUUGAUUUUUCCCUCUACCAAAGAAUCUGCAAUCUGCCUCUUAACUCUCAAAAAACUGCGUGAAUUUACAGUUUUGUGCAUGGUAGCUUGGCUCAUUCAUAAAAUAAAAAAAAUCAAAGCAGCUGAAUUGAAAUCAAGAGGAUUUUCUCAUUUUAAAUAGUAGUUUUCUGCAACUCGCACAGGCAAAAGAGCACUUACAGUAUUUACCUCUACUAUUUUUAUUAUAAAUCGGAAAUUCGUGUCUUCUCUCGUUUUUUUAACGAAGACCGCAUAUGUUGAUGGUGUAUUCUGAAGUGUGUAUGCUGUAUGCUGGUAGAUUUUAGAAAUUGUCUGUCCUCCCGAGCUUUUCCAAAUAUCUGUAAGUCUAUUGGAAAUGAUAAACACCUAAGAAAAAAACAAAACAAAAUGAAUUCAGCAAAGAACCUUGACCACUGCUUCUUUACACUAUAUACUGCAGUGCAAUUUCACAUUCUUUUGUAGUGCCUAUAUGUAGCAAUGUUUCAUAUUUGAUACGAUGUUUAUAAACUCAUACUCACGACAUAUUGAUAUUAUCACCUGCCUCUGUGUUAUUAUGAAGAUGGGCUUUGUCAUUUGACAUUGUUAAUACAAUGUGCAGUUCAAUUGUGUUCAGUUAACUUGUGUAUUACUUUGAGAACAUGGGGUAUGGAAAAAAUGUACCUUUUUUGUUUUUUGGAUGUCUUGUGAGAAUGAUCCCUGUUGUCCAUAUUAUAUGACCAUUUGUGCUUGGUUUCUAUGAGAGUUAUCACUUGUUUAUCGAACGUGUACUGAUAUAUUGCUUGCUAGAACUCUUUGUUAAAAAUGUUUGUGAACCUACAUUUUUUUUAAACCCAAGUAGGAAAGAAUCUGUGUGAAGUGUUCCAUGAAAAAAACAAACAAACUGGAGAACACGCAUACAUGGGACUAAAAUAACAAGCAGCAUUCCAAAGUGGACAUUCCUGCUUUACUGAUUUAAGUCUUGUGAUGAAUGUGGGCAGUUGACAGUCUUUGUGUUGGAAUAUUAUGAGGCACAGUGCUGGUUUUGUGUGGGUGUAUUGACAGGGUAUAUUGUCCAUGUCCAAAAUGAAAUGAGACGCAAAAAACGGUUCGACCAGAAUAAGACUCGUGAAUAGCUGGCAAAGAAGAGCAAUGUAUGCAAACUAAUGGAUACAUUGUGUUGGUGUUUUUGCUCAUAAGUAUAUUGAAAUUGUACAGUUAUUACAACCCAGAGUACCAUCCCAUGCUGAUCUUUGUUUUCAAAGGCUUGUCUUUCUCUCUCUUUUUGCAGUUCUUCACAGUUCUUCUUGCAGAAACCUUCAUGGACUUCAGUUAGUCUUUUCCAGUAAUUCAGUUGUUGAAGAUGAUUUUUCCUUCUCAUCAGACAUACAUUUUGACCAAAUUAUUUAGCUGGAAAUGAAGCCCAGUAAUCCAACACAUUGUAACCAAUAUAGAUAAAAUAUGUAUUUUAUUUUAUACAUUUUUUUUCUUUUGCUUUUUCUGCAUGAUUGUCGAGUGUGGAGACAAGUUGUGUAAUAAACUUUAAAUCAGUAUCUUGA